AUAACAUAACCUAGACACUCGUCAGUACAAAAACGACCGUAGACCAAACACUAACUUGACAAAGACAAUAGUAAGCACGUCUUCCCACAUAUCCGCACAGCUAUUUCUGUUAGGUGUCAUACGUGUAUUGUACACAUUUAACUCACUGCAAAAAACGAAGACGAUGAAGUCGACAGCGACUGUGAUGGCGGUCGCUAAAAUGAUCGAAGCCGGGGUGUUUGGAUCCGACAGUCGGUUCCUGUCGUUCACGUUGGACGGACAACACAAUGCGAUCGAUCAGUUCGCGUCGUCUAUACUGUAUGGGACGAUUACUGUAGGCGAUUGCGACUGUCACCAACGAAGCUAUCGACUCGUGUUCAAGUUCAAGUACACUGUGCCGGAAGUGAGAGAGUUAAUCAAGAAUGACAAGCAGUUCCACAACGAAACGCUGUUCUACGAACGGAUAUUACCGUUCUUGAUGGAUUGCUGCUCGCAGAAGGACGACGAUGAGGCCACGAUUCCGACGCUCUGUCGUUACUUUUAUGGGCGAAACGAUUGCGGUGACUUGGUGAACCAGGACAUAGUUGUCUUGGAAAACGAUGCCGUACGCGGAUAUCGGAUGGCGGUGACCGACCAUCGGUUGUGUUUAGAUUUCGACCACCUGGUCGUGGCGAUCAGAGCUCUAGCAAAGUUUCACGGUUUAUCGUACAGAGCCAAGCACGUGGAUCGUAAAACGUUCGAGGAUCUCGUGGCCGAGGUGCAGGAAACGCAGUGGGACGACAACGGGCGAUGGGGUUUACUGGACAAGGAAGUCGGAGGACUACUCGCCGUGGCUCUGGACAGGAUAAUCGAACGGCGCGGCGGUGGCGGAGGCGACGUCGAUCGGCGCGUACACAGGUUUCGGACGGAAUUGUUGGCCGACGCGUCGGACACGCUGAGGCGCGUGAUGGAACCAACCGAACCGCUGUCCGUCCUGUGCCACGGAGAUUUCAACCGCAACAACCUGAUGUUUAGGUACGACGACGGCGGCGGCGGCCGGCCGGUGGACGCGCUGCCGUACGACAUGGCCACCGUGCGGUACGGGUCGCCGGCGCUCGACCUGUCGUUCUUCCUGUACAUGAACACGGACCGCCGGACCCGGGACGAUCACUGGGACGCGCUGUUGGACGCGUAUUGCGGGACGCUGGCCGCCGUCGCCGGCGACGUGCCCGUGCCGGAUCGCCGGCGGCUGGACGCGGAAAUGCGCGAGCACGCGUUCUACGGGUUGGCG